CUGGAAAAAAAAAAAAAAAAAAAAUCUCGUCGUUUGCAUUACUCUUUUUCUUUCCCCGUUCUCUGUAAUCUGUAGCUGAGAAAAAAAAGCAUGUGAAAUACACAGAAAUUAUAUAAAUAAAUCACGUGUGUAUAGAUAUAGAGAGAGAGAGAGUGAAAGGGGAAGAAAUAGAGAGAGAGAGAGAGGAAGAAGGGAUGGGGUGUUUCCCUUGCGGCGGAGAAUCAUCGAUUGAUAGAAAGCAAUAUAAAAAGAGAAAGAAUAGUAACAAAGAUAAUCGUUUUAGAAGAGAUGAACAUCAUCAUCAUCAUCAUAAUAUACAGUCGCCUCCAGAUUUUUCCAAGGUGACCCCACAUAGGUUUGUGAAGGAGGAGCCCAAAGUAUUGUCUCCUUCUUCCUCGAAAAUCCCGGAGAAAGAGACAAAAGCGAGUAGUCCGAAGCCUAAUAGCGAUACGGAAACUGAUGGCUUCAAGGCAAAGAAAUUUGCCUUGGUUGAUUUAGUAACUGCAACCGAGAAUUUCAAGGACGAACAUUUUCUCGGCGAGGGCGGUUUCGGAAAAGUUUACAAGGGCUCUCUGCAAGAUUCCGGUGAGGUUGUGGCAAUAAAACAACUAGAUAGAAACGGGUGCCAAGGGAUUAGAGAAUUCGUGGUCGAAGUUCUAACAUUGAGCAAUGCCGAGCACCCUAAUCUCGUUAAAUUGAUCGGUUAUUGUGCCGAGGGUGAUCAAAGGCUUUUGGUCUAUGAGUACAUGCCUCUCGGUUCUUUGGAGGAUCAUUUACAUGGGCCUCGAACUUCUAGAAGGUUAUUGGAUUGGAACACAAGAAUGAAGAUAGCGGCGGGAGCGGCAGACGGGUUGGAGUAUUUGCACAACAAGAUGACGCCGCCGGUUAUAUACCGUGAUUUGAAGUGUUCGAACAUUUUGCUGGGGGAGGGGUAUCAUCCUAAAUUGUCGGAUUUCGGUCUGGCAAAAGUGGGGCCCUCUGGGGACCAGACACAUGUCUCCACGAGAGUGAUGGGUACGUACGGUUACUGCGCACCCGAUUACGCCAUGACCGGUCAACUCACGUUCAAAUCGGAUAUCUAUAGCUUUGGAGUUGUUCUCUUGGAGAUUAUUACGGGGAGGAGAGCUAUUGAUAGUAGAAGAACCGGUUCGGAGCAAAACCUAGUCGAAUGGGCGAAGCCGUUAUUUAAGGACCGUAAGAAAUUCCACCAGAUGGCGGACCCCGCGCUGCAGGGCAUGUAUCCAGUACGAGGAUUAUACCAAGCUUUGGCAAUAGCUGCAAUGUGCAUACAAGAGCAGCCUAGCAUGAGGCCACUUGUCGCAGAUAUAGUAACGGCAUUGAACUAUCUCGCCUCCCAGACGUACGAUCCUAAAAUCCACGCCGUUCAAAACCCUAGGAGGAGCCGUUCUUCGGACAACCUUAAACGGGACGAAGAAGAGAAGAAUUGUUCUGGUGUUGGGAGUGAAAGUGCCAAAUCUGAUGGACAAAUUUGAGGUUGUGUUUGUUUGUUUGUUGGUUCAUUCUUCAUGCAAAUGUCCUUCUUACUUGUGUUUUUCUGACUUUUGCAGGAAUGUAAAUUUGAUUUUUUUUUUUUUUUUUUUAUUAAUUAUUUUUGUAACUUUGUAGGUUUAUGGGGGGUUAUACGGUCAUUUGACAAUGAAUAGUGGCCACAUUAGAAAAAUUAAAAUAAUAAUUUUAUUUAUAUCAUAUAAAUAUUAUAAGAUAUUGUAAUUUAA